AUGUCCCAAGUGAGAGAACCUCUUCCUCCGGGGCCUGAAGGGCCACAGCAAGCUUCGGCUGAGAACAGCUCUUUGAUCUCUCUCCCUCGAGAAAAAACUGACCCAGAGAAUACUGCAGCAGGAGAUAAAGACGUAAACCAGCCUUCCAGUAACCAAAGUAUACAACCAGAGAUACAAGACCAGUCUGUCUGGGGAAAUCGCAGUGAUGGUGACCUCAUCAGAACACAACCUCAACGUUUGCCUCAGCCGAAUACUUCAGCACUGGAAAGGGGUGAGGAAGAAAGUGGCAAAAUCCAAAAUGGCCACGCAGGUCUGAGUAAUGGAAGUGGAAUUCAUAACGGGAUCAAGCACGCGCCUGCAGACAACAGAAAAAUUUCGGCUCCUGUUUCAGAAAAAAUGCACAGAAAAAUUCAGUCCACCUUGUCUGUCAACAGCAGUAGCAGCAAGAAGAGUAAAAUAAGCUCUGCGUUUUCUCAAAAGCCAGGUACUUCACCUGAAGAUUGCUGUGUUCACUGUAUCCUGGCUUGCUUGUUCUGUGAAUUUCUCACCCUCUGUAACAUUGUUCUGGGACAAGCAUCCUGCGGCAUCUGCACAUCGGAGGCCUGCUGCUGUUGCUGCGGGGACGAGAUGGGAGAUGGCUGUAACUGCCCGUGUGAUAUGGACUGUGGCAUAAUGGACGCAUGUUGUGAAUCUUCAGAUUGCUUGGAGAUCUGCAUGGAAUGCUGUGGGAUCUGCUUCCCAUCAUGAAAUAUUUAUCCCUUUUUAUUUUAUUCUCUAUAAAACUGGAGAGCUUCUCUUUAAAUACAUUUGAAGAAAGACAAGGUAAGAUUUUCACACAACCAACUGGUAUUGCACUGUUAAUUCUCUCUAUAUAAAUAUUUUUUUUAAAGUAAUCCUCAAAUCUGUAUUCUAACACAAAUUGUAUAGUU